CCCGGAAGUUAUUGCCAAGGUUUUUAAGCGCGCAGUAGGUGAACCGGAAGUAGCUCCAUCCACGCUGGUCUUGCUGAAUCGUUCCGGAGACGAAGAGCGGAAUACUAUCUGAGAAGACUGUUUUUAUAAAUCUGCAAACAUGAGUCUGUUAACAAAGCCCAAGUCGGAGAUGACUCCAGAGGAGCUGCAGAAACGCGAGGAAGAGGAGUUCAACACCGGCCCUCUGUCGGUGCUCACUCAGUCCGUGAAGAACAACACGCAGGUCCUCAUCAACUGCCGCAACAACAAGAAGCUGCUCGGGAGAGUCAAGGCCUUCGACAGGCACUGCAACAUGGUCUUGGAGAACGUGAAGGAGAUGUGGACGGAGGUUCCCAAGAGCGGGAAGGGGAAGAAGAAGUCGAAGCCGGUGAAUAAGGACCGCUACAUUUCCAAAAUGUUCCUCAGAGGAGACUCCGUCAUCAUCGUGCUGAGGAACCCUCUCAUCACGGGGAAAUGAACUCUCUCAAAGCCUUUCUUUUUCAUGCUUUUUCAAAUGGUUUAACGGCGGCGGACUGUCGUUCUUUUUUUGUUUUUUGUUUGAUCACUGCAGCCGCUAUUGGUUAAGAUACAUGGAGUCAAAAUGAUGUCUGUACUUUCUGGAGAGCUGUUCAGUCCUCUGUAUUUUUCAUUUUGAUAAUAAAAGUGAUUAUUGGAUUCAA